AUGCCUGCAACCGCACUGAUGCUGCUCCACAUAGAAAGUGCACUUUCUGUGUGGAGAUUCCUGGAGUCACUCCCACAGGUAAGCUAUGACAUGAAGUGCUUGAACUAGAAGCUCUGACAUGUAUUUCUUGUUACUAGUCUUUUCUGGUGUUUGUCCCUUACUGCUGCCAUCGACCUCAACGUGACCCGUGGCUGGCCAAAGGACAUAGAGGUGCUGCUGUUCGUUUUUUGGUUGGCCCAUGCAGCGUCCUACAGGGUGGUGGCUGCAGCCUGCGACAUCCCUAAGUCCACUGUUCACGAUAUUGUGCACAGGGUGACCAAGGCUGUCGUGGGCAUCCUGGGCAGCACCAUCUGCCUCCCCAACCCUGACCAGCUGGAGGACAUCGCUGCUGGCUUCAGCCGCCUCGGGGGAAGUCCAGCUCUGCGGACCGUGGUCAGGGCAAUUGAUGGCUGCCACGUCCGCAUCAAACCACCUGCAGCACAUCAGCUGGACUUCCUCAACCGUAAGCUGUUUCAUUCAAUCCAGCUCCAGGCCAUCUGUGACCACCAGGGGAGGUUUCUUGAUUUGUUUGUGGGCUUCCCUGGCUCCGUUCACGAUGCCUGUGUACUGCGGAACAGCCCGGUCUACUACAGGCAGCUAUACCCACCGGAGGGCUGGUGCAUCCUGGGGGAUGGAGGCUACCCCUGUUUGGGUGCCCCCAUCUGCCUCCUGACGCCUUACCGGGAACCUGUGGCCAACCCCGUGCAGGCCCGGUUCAACACCAUUCACGGAAAGACACGGAAUAUUAUCGAGCGGGCCUUCGGAAUGAUGAAGGCUCGUUGGCGGUCCAUCUUCCUCAGGGCCCUUGAGGUGAAGCCAGCCUUUGCAUCGGAGGUGGUCACCUGUUGUGCCAUCCUCCACAACAUCUGGAAUGGACAACGGUGA